AUGGAAUAUCAACCAGAAAAUACAGACAAUAAUCCAAUUUUCAGAGCAGGCGAAGGCAGUAUACCACAUGCAACACCUGUUCAAGUUCGCCACAAACCUAACUCAGCACAUACUCGAAACAAUGGCUACUUGCACCACACCUUCAUCCUCGUUGUGGCCGCCGCCGAGGCCGAGGUGGCCAAGGCUGCGGAUGAAGAGGAUGCAGCGGCUGACGGUGGUUCUGCUACCGCUACUAUUACUGCCCCGUCGAAACCCAAAAAAGGAAAGGCGGCGUUGCCUCUUAAGAGAGACAGAACGAGAUCCAAGAGAUUCUUGGAAAUUAAAAAAUUAAGGGAAAACAAAAAGGAAUAUGAUCUAAAGACAGCAAUAUCUUUGCUAAAGGAAAUGUCAAGUACAAAGUUUGUAGAGACAGCUGAAGCUCAUUUCCGCCUUAACAUUGAUCCCAAGUACAAUGAUCAACAGCUGAGAGCAACCGUGAAUUUGCCUAAGGGAACGGGACAAAAGGUUAAGGUUGCCGUUCUUACUCAAGGUGAAAAGUUCGAUGAAGCAAAAAAAGCCGGAGCGGAUAUUGUCGGUGGUGAGGACUUGAUUGAACAAAUAAAAGGAGGAUUCAUGGACUUUGACAAACUGAUUGCUUCCCCAGAUAUGAUGGUUAAGGUUGCAAGCCUUGGAAAGAUUCUAGGACCACGUGGGCUGAUGCCAAAUCCGAAAGCUGGUACCGUUACACCAAAUAUACCUCAGGCUAUCGAAGAAUUCAAAAAGGGUAAAGUUGAAUACAGAGCUGAUAAAACCGGGAUCGUUCACAUACCUUUUGGCAAAGUAGACUUCUCUGAAGAAGACCUCCUUGUCAACUUUCUUGCAGCAGUAAAAUCGAUUGAAACAAACAAGCCAAAAGGUGCCAAAGGAGUAUACUGGAAAAGUGCACAUAUAUGCACUUCGAUGGGUCCUUCAAUCAGGUUAAACGUAAGGGAGAUGCUUGAUUACAAGCCUCCAUCAAACAUUUGAAGAACGGCGACUACUAACAGUUGAUAAUGUCUUCGACCCUUCAAUCAGCUAUGGGGGUAUUGUAUGUCGAACACAUGCAGUGCUCGAUGGAAUUGGACGAGGGUGUAAGAUAGAAAUCGAAAGUUUUGGAUGGAAACCUAGUGAAGUUGUGUAUGUGCAUUUGCAAGAUUAUCAUUCUGUAUACAAACUGAGACUGGGACAUAUGACUAAUACCAUCAAUUUUAAUAAUUUUCCUCGG